CCCUCCUCUCAAGCCAACCUGCUGCCGCCUUUGUCGGCGCAGCCCGGCGCUAUGGCAUCCUGCUGGGGCUUCAGGCUCGGGCUCUUCCUCCUCCUCUUCCUCCUCCUCCUGGCCGGGAAGCGGCUGCUGCAGCGGCAGAUCCAGCCGUGACGGCCGCGCUCCCCGCGCCAGAGGCAGGCGGAGCCCGCAGAAGUGGAACGUGGUUUCCAGGCUGAACGGCAAAAUACACUUAAGCCAUGGAGUCCAACCAAGAAUCCUCACUCUUCCUGGUGAAGAUAUUGGAGGAGCUGGACACAAAGCAGAAUACUGUUUCUUACCAGGAUCUCUGCAAGUCCCUGUGUGCAAGGUUUGAUUUAUCCCAGUUGGCCAAGCUCAGAAGCGUGCUGUUUUACACUGCUUGCCUGGAUCCUAAUUUCCCAGCGACUUUGUUCAAAGACAAAAUGAGAUGCACUGUAAACAAUCAGCAAUCAAAGAAAAUCAUGGUUGCAGCAGAUAUAGUAACAAUAUUCAACCUCAUACAAAUGAACGGGGGAGUGGCCAAGGAGAAGCUUCCAGUUGCAAGGCACAGAGUGAAGAAGAAGGAAUCCUUCGAGUCCUGCAGGUCUGACACGGAGAUCUGCAAUAUGGCAGACUGCGUGCCUGACUGUGUGCCCAACUGCGAGCUCAAUGACCAGGACUUUAACCGGGGCUUUGCGGUCAGAAGGUCUUCGAAAUGCAGAAAGAUGGACUGCAAAGACUGUCAGCAGUUUGUCCCCUCCUCAGAGCCCAACUUCUUGCUUGGUGUUAGCAAGGACAUGAAGGGCCGGGCUGCGUCUCUGGACAGGCUGCAGGCGCUGGCGUCCUACUCCAUCGCCACGUCCCCACCAUGUGAAAUGCAGAGUACGUACUUCCCCAUGAACAUUGAAAAUGAAUCUAUUUCAGACCAGGAUUCCUUGCCUAUAAGUGCAGGCAUAAAAGAAACUUUCAUUUCAAAUGAUGAGCCGUUCAUGAUGCAGUCAUGUGUCCAGAAAAGAAAUAUAUUCAAAGAAGAUUUUCAUAAUCUGAUUACAAUAUCUCCCAACUUAAUCCCAUCCAACAAAACACCAGAAGAUGGACACAGAGAGCCUCAGAACAGGAAAGAAAGCUCUAAGCAGACUUUCUUCAACCACAGCUUUGAAAUGCCAUACAGCAGCCAGUACUUGAAUCCAAUUUAUUCUCCUAUACCGGACAAAAGGCGAGUGAAGCAUGAAAGUUUAGAUGAUCUUCAAGCUUCAACGUAUUUUGGCCCAACUACUGUUCUUGGACCACAGGAAACAAAAAAGUGGACUGGAAAGCCAACUAAGCAAACUGCCUGGCCAGCUAAAAGCUGGAGUUUAAAUACUGAGGAGGUCCCUGAUUUUGAACGUUCAUUUUUUAAUAGGAAGCAGUCGGAAGAGAACCCACGAUACCAGAGUUCGAGCAACCCAUCUCCAAACUUUCCUUCAGUUGAAAGGCAUCAGGCCUACCUAAAUGCAAAGGACCAGCAACCAAUUAUGCAGGCAAACUAUGCUGUGAAACCCAAUGGGCAUAAACCUAAGGAAAUUCCUUCCAUCUUAGAUGUGGAGAAACACGAGCCAGUCAAAAAGUUUAAGGAUAAAAGCAUUAACUGUACUUCUGUCCAGAUCUUAAGCAUUGACAGGACCAUGAGUGUUGGGACACAAACAGAACAGCAGGUUCUGGACCACAAGAAAUGCAAGGAUUUGUGUGCAGCAGGCCAAGCCAAGUAUGGCGAGCGGCACUCUCUGAAGCAGUCGGAUGAUGACUCUGAAAUCGUGAGUGAUGACAUCAGUGACAUUUUCCGGUUUUUGGAUGACAUGAGUAUCAGCGGGUCCACUGGAGUGAUGCAGUCCUCGUGCUACAACAGCACUGGUUCCUUGUCUCAGGUGCAUAAAUCAGACUGUGAGAGCUCACCUGAGCACAAUUUGACUAAGAUCUCCAAUGGGAGUGCCUGUAACAAACUGGAUAAAGUGGUCAGGGCUGAUGUCAGUAACACAGAUGAUGAACUGAAAACGAGUGUCUGCAAAUUAGUCUUGAGAAUUGGUGAAAUAGAGAAGAAACUGGAAUCUCUCUCAGGUGUUCGAGAAGAAAUCUCUCAAGUCCUGGGAAAAUUAAGCAAGCUGGAUCAAAAAAUCCAGCAGCCAGAGAAGGUCAGCGUACAAAUAGAUCUCAACUCUUUGACAAGCGAUGCCGCAUCAGAUGAGAGCAACUCCCCGCAGAUAUUUCAGUGCCACAAUACUCCUCACGGAGGCAAACUGGAGAAUAAUCCAGAAUGGUGCUGUUCAGAUGCCAGUGGAAGUAAUAGUGAGAGUCUUCGAGUAAAAGCCUUAAAAAAAAGUUUGUUUACGAGGCGAUCAUCAAGAUCAUUAACAGAAGAAAACAGUGCAACUGAAUCCAAAAUAGCAAGUAUUUCAAACUCUCCCCGAGACUGGAGAGCUAUUACUUACACCAACCAAGUUGGCAUUACAGAGGAGGAGAUGAAAGAGAGAGAUGGAGGAGAAAAUAAGGACUGGCACAGGAAAUCUAAAGAGGCAGACAGGCAAUACGAAAUCCCACAGCCACAUAGACUCUCUAAACAGCCAAAAGAUGCUUUCUUGAUUGAACAAGUCUUUAGUCCUCAUCCCUACCCUGCCUCACUCAAGUCACACAUGAAAAGCAACCCUCUCUACACAGACAUGAGGUUGACAGAGCUGGCUGAAGUGAAACGUGCCCAGCCAUCAUGGACCAUAGAGGAAUACACGAGGAAUUCGGGGGAUAAAGGCAAGAUUGCAGCCUUGGAUCUACAAACUCAAGAAUCUUUAAACCCAAACAACUUAGAGUACUGGAUGGAAGACAUUUAUACUCCUGGCUACGACUCCUUGUUGAAACGGAAAGAGGCCGAGUUCAGGAGAGCAAAGGUUUGCAAGAUCGCUGCCCUGAUCGCAGCGGCCGCUUGUACGGUUAUCCUGGUCAUUGUGGUUCCCAUCUGCACCAUGAAAUCCUGAGCCUGGGCACACACCUGUGACUCCCAGCCACGUGUGUCUCGGACAGCUCGCGCUGUGUGUCGGAUGGCUGCUGGCAAAAAUGUAAGGGAUUCGCUAAGGAACAAUGUUCCGAGGAUAUCCCGGUGGAGAAUGCUGUAAAUGAAGGCAGAACGAGGAACAACUAGAGAUACAUUUUUGAAAAAGUCCUAUUUUAAAUAACAAACUGCGCGGUGGAGUUAAUGGAACUCGGUUCGAUUUUUAUGCAUUUUUAAAAGUGCAAUAUUUUUUUUUUCCCUAAAGAAAUGAUAUAAUGUUUUACAGAAUCAGAGACUGAUGAGAAUCCAGGCAAAAGAGGAAGGUUGUCUGAGCUAUGUUGCAUUUAAAGGAGGUGUGGAUACAUGGAGGUAGCACUGUAUAGAAGGGAAUGUUCUAUAUGCAUCGCAUUGGGGAGCUAGGGAAGCCUUAACAGCUCUCUACAAUGUAGAAAACUCUGAAUGUAUUGUAUUUAUUUUAUAGUAUUUAUGUAUUUCAUGAUCAUUUGUUCAAAAGCAGACUGUGUAGCUGUGAACAGAGUUCAUUCCGAUGUUCAGAUUAAAAAGGGCUCUUUGUAUUUGGUCUUGCCCUAAGACCCACUCUAUCAUCACUGAGUACUUAAGUGCAAUGUGCUGCAGACCAAAAAGAUUAUGUUUUAAAGCAA